AUGGGUGAGAAAAGUCCUAAAGCAGUAAUAACUGACGGAGACCUUGCCAUGCGAGAUGCAAUCAAGAAUGUUCUUCCUGAUGCGACCCAUCGGUUAUGCGGAUGGCAUCUGCAAAGAAAUGCAUGUGAAACUAUAAAGAAUCCUAAUUUGCUGCGGGAUUUUAAGGGUCUUAUAUACGACAACAACGACCACAGAGACUUUGAUCGGAGAUGGGAAGCCAUUUUGGAUAAGCACAACCUUGUUGGGAGUACCUGGAUAGAAAAGACGUACGAAACUCGUGCGAUAUGGUCCCAUUGUUUUCUCUGGGAUAAGUUUUUCGGUUACAUAAGGACGACAUCACAGUGCGAAGGUAUAAAUUCUCUCAUAAGAUUUUAUAUUAAUCGCAAGAACACCCUCAUUGACUUCAUGCAUAACCUGGAUAGGGCCUUAAAGAAGUAUAGAAACAACGAAUUAAUAGCUGACUUUAAGUCUCAGUGCUUAGAGCCAGUGAUGAUUACCUCGUUGGAGGUAUAUGAAAGAUCUGCAUCAUGUUAUUUCACGCGAAAUAUUUUCAAGGAAAUUUGUAAUGAGAUUCAAAGGGCAGGGGCUUUGAAUAUCAAGGUACUAAGCACAACCUUAGACAAGGUAGAGUUCAGUGUGACUGCUCUCGGAGACCUGGCCAAAGAUCGACGGGUGGAAGUCGAUAGAGGUAAGAAUCUGUUCUUGUGCUCGUGCAAGCUGUUUGAAUCACGUGGUAUUCCCUAUAGUCAUGUCUUAUGUGCCAUGAAGUUCGAAAACAUACUUGAGUUUCCAGAUUCGUUGAUCUACAAAAGGUGGACAAAGAAUGCAAAGAACGAAUUUAUUAGCACAGAAAUGCCUGUGAACGAUGACGUCGAAAGGGUCUUAAAGUUUCGAGUUGGUGCAUUGGCAUCGAAUUGCAACAAGCUAUGUGAUAUUGCUUGCAAGGAUCUUACAAAAUUUGAUGAAGUCCAGUUUGAACUUGUCAAUUUAGUUAUUCGCCUGUAG